UGUAUUGGGGAUUACCUCUAAUUUCGUGAACCGGUUUGUCGGUUUUUCUUCCAAACAAGUUGAUUUUUCAACAAUCAAAGAACAUAUGAUGGCAUCAAAAGUAAACUCAGAUAACGCUGAUAACAAUGAGAAGUUGAAACCAAUUAAUGACGUUGAAAUAGAAGAAGGAACUUUUAAGUAUGUGUUGAUAAAAGUGAAGGACCGUUCCACCAAACAGUUCAAACACAUUGUUCGAGGUUUCUGCUGGGCUGAUUUUCAUGCGGAUAUUUAUGAAGAUGUUGAGGAGAAGUUACAUAAGGAAGGAGUGCAGUGUUCAUGUCCAGGUGGCGGAAGAAUCAAGCAUUCUCCCUCAAGCAAAACGAUAUCCGUCUAUGGAUAUUCACAGGGUUACGGCCGUCCGGAUCACAGUAUAACAGUAGAGAUACUAAAGAAACAUUAUCCGCAAUAUGAGGACAUUACGUGGUCUAAUGAUGGAUACUGACCUGCUGGGCUGGGCUGGGAAGGGAAAAAAAUCUCCAAGAGUGGAGAGUUUAUGAGGCAGAGACUCCAACAGAUUCAAGGAUAUUCUCUCUCCCAACACAGGCAUCCCAAUCUAACCUUAGAGGGGGGGGGGGCAAUUUGAGGACAUAGUCCCUGUAAAUCACCUCGUCUUAUGUCGCCAUCUUGAAAAAUCAGUCAGCGUCACCACCACCCGACGAUCGUUACAAAGUCACCAAGGUGGCAGAGUGAGUAGGCCAAAAUAGAUCUCAAAAUAAUAUAUCAGGGUCAUACCUAACAGUGUCCACCAGGUUUAAAAGCAUAAAGUCAUUAAAAUAAAAUCUAGGAAGUGACUACUUGGCAAGCCCGACUUUUUCUUGUCCUGAAUGGAGAGCCGAACUCAUUAAUAUUAAAGUAAAGUCUCCAGCUCGCCAAACAGGGUAGAUUUUUUACCUGUUUGGCAAGCCCGGCUGGCCGAACAGGGUGGCUUUUUAGUGCUGUUUGGCAAGCGGCUCUCCAAACAGGACAAAAAAGAUGCCUGUUCGGCGAGCAGCUUGCCAAAUAGACCCGGCCUAAAAUCUAAUGGUCAUAACCAAAUAAGCAGGACAUUUCCCACAUAUAAGCGCUUGAUUAGCGUGUUGUCUAAAAUGUACCAGCGUCCACCACCCAGGCGGUGGCCAUGUUGGAUUACUGCAGGAGCCUUGUGAUUUUAGACAACAUCCCCUUAUCUUAAACCCAAAUGUCAUGAAAUUUCAGGAAAUGUGUUUUAUGGUGUACUUAUUUCGUUUAUGGCUAAUAAAUUUUAUUUUGAUGACUUUA